AUGUCGCCCGUCACUCGUUUCUUCUCGGCGGCGGCGGUCGCGUCCGUUGCGACUGCGGCUGUACUUGAUCUGCCCAUCAUUGUUGACAAUGGCUACAAAGUCGUCGAGUUCGGUAUCGGAACCCCAGCCAAAACGUUCCGUCUCCUCUUCGAUACGGGAAGCUCGUCUUCAUGGGCGACCGAUAGCCAAUGCCUCGCCAAGGGCAAUUGUAACAACGUGAGCGGAUAUGACCGGACUGGCUACAGCAUCAACGCCUCAACGAGCGGCCACUACACAGGCGAAAGCGCCGUCAUCCCUUACCUUGGAGGCGACGUCGCCGGCCCCACGGUCGCCGAGAAAUGGACCGUCGGCAACUUCUCCUGGGACCAGUCCUUCAUCGCCGCAAACGAGAGCAACUGGGCCGCGCUCGCAGCCGACGGUUUCAUGGGCCUAGGCUUCAGCUCCAUCAUCGACGGUGGCGCAAACACCGUUGUCGAGACCCUCAUGUCGGAGGGCCACCUCGACGCCGCCAAGUUCGGAAUCUACUACGGCACCGAGGCCAAGAACACGAGCGGCGUCCCCGGAGACGGCGUCUUGACUAUCGGCGGCUCCCGCGAGGACGAGUACGUUGACGGCGAACUCGUCACGAUCCCCAUCACCCGCGUUGACGGCACGUAUGACGUCUGGCGGUCCACGAUCCUCAAGGUCAACGGCACGCGGACGACGAGCAACGGCAGCAUCAUUGAGACGCAGACGGAUUUCGACCAGGCGCGCGUCGUCUUCGACACGGGCGCGGGGUCAAUCACGCUGCCGACGAAGCAGAACCUGGCCGUGUACGAGUCGAUUGGUAUGAACUACACGAAGAUCCUCAAGGGCGAGCACAUCCCGCUCUGUAGCGAAUUCAACUCAUCGUGGUCCUUCAAGUUCUCCUUUGGAGACUAUCGGUACCCGCAGGUGAUUGAGAUCCCGGGCGAUCAGUUGGCGAGACCUGGUUUCGCGUACCGGGACGAUGCGUGCUGGCCUCCGUUCGAGGAUGGCGCUCAGUCUGGAUUUGUGUUGAUCGGGACGCCAUUCUUGAAGAACUUUUACACGGUAUGGGAUUAUGGAUCUGCAGCGAAUGAGACGCAGAUUUGGAAGUUCGACCCCACGUUGUCAUUUGGGUACUUGAAGAAUAAGACCACUCCGGCGAAGUGA